AUGCCGCAAGAUUCCACAUCAUCCAGGCCUCCCCGGCAGCCGUCAUCGCUGGCAUGUCAAGCACUCUUCCAACCACAACUCGACGCUCGCCAGACGUUAGACAUCUCAGGUUUGCCAGAAAAUGCACUUGCAUGGCCCGAGCUAGAAAACGCCGUAACACCAGAGGUUGCAUACGAUCCCCUGAUCCAGCUGUAUUACCAGACUUUCCACCGCUCGCAUCCGCUCCUGAUUCCAAGGAAAGCACUGCACUCUCCCUUAUCCGAGAAGAUACCUCAAUACAUCCUCUCAAUCAUGCGUUUCAUCGGCGCCCACCAGCACCACGAUCCGUCCCUCAAAGAGCUCUUCCGCCGAUCUGCUUAUUCCGUGUUGUUCGACUCGACGCCUCGUGACGGUUUCAAGGUCCAGGGAAUGGUCCUUCUUGCCAUUGUUGAUCAUGCACGUGGCGCCGAAGACAGUGCAACCAGUAUCAUGCAGGCUGCCGUUAACCUGGCCUUGGAACUGGGUAUGAACAAAGCCGCAUUCGCGGCCGAACACUCGGGCGGAAAUUCUAUAUUGGAGGAGAGUUGGCGCCGGACUUACUGGGAGCUGUACUUUGUGGACGGAUACUUGGCUGCAAUGCGUGAUCAGAGCGCGUUCCAACUGUUCCAUAGCCCUGCAGACGUGAGGUUGCCUGGUGAUGAAGAGCUUUAUAACUCCGGGGACGCGGUCAUAUUAAGCAAUCUGACUUUCAAAGAUCUCACCAACAAGUGGCACUUUGACGACGAAAGGCGAUUCCCAUCAUUCGCAUAUAGGAUCUGGGCCGUACGCCUUCUCGGCAUGGUCAUGGAAUUAAAUCGAUCACUAGAUAUCGACCUGGACUCUCAAAUCGAGACCAUCGACGCUGCGCUGGUGGCAUCUUUGAUGCAACUUCCAUCAUCCCAGCGGGGUGUAUACGGCAGCCAUUCCGGCCUAGAUGAAAUGACCUUCCAAGCUCAAAUGACGAACCACUCCCCCUCCGCCUCCCUUGACCUCCAUUCGCAGAAGCUCCUGCGAGCAGCUGAUCUGCUGUGCAAUCUAGCCACCCUGCCGAAUCCAAUUAAAUAUCGCACCCCGUUCUUCACCUGCGCGCUUGCCAUGUGUGUGGUAGUGCAUACAGUUGCCUGCCUGUUUGUCUCCGUCCCAGAGAAGCAGGAGUCGAUCAAGGCAAGAAUCCAGCUUGGUGUGGGCGCGCUGCAUGUGCUGGGGAAGUCAUGGCCACUGGCGAAGACGGUUAGGCAGAGACUGAUCGCUAUGUAUCAGGAGCUGGGAUUGCGGUGCCAAUAA